AUGACACCUCAAAUCUACCAGCAACAGCCAAGUCCAACACCGGUCGGAUUCUACGGGGCAAGCGAUGGCUCCCAGGUAGCAUCAUUCUACAAGGACCGGGUGGUGCUCAUUACAGGAGGUACAGGGUUCGUCGGAAAGGUUCUCCUGGAAAAACUGCUACGAUCUUGUUCCGGGCUGGAGAGGGUUUACCUACUCGUGCGAAGUAAAAAAGGACAAGAACCACAAGCGAGACAUGAGGAAAUGUUCAAGUCACCGAUAUUUGAACACCUAAAACAGGAGCAACCAGAAGUUUUUGAAAAAGUCACGGUAGUGGCCGGAGACCUGGUUCAGCCAGGCUUGGGGCUCAGUGCAUCUGAUCGGGCCACAUUAGUGGACAAUGUUUCCGUUGUCUUCCACUCAGGUGCCGCUAUCAAAUUCAAUGAACCUCUCAGGAAAGCAGUGGAAGUCAAUCUUUCGGGCACAAGACGAGUUCUUGACCUGUGUAGGCAAAUGCCAAAUAUUUGCGCUCUUGUUCACGUGUCAACAGCGUAUUGCAACUAUGAUAAGCCAGAUGUCCACGAGGUGAUAUACUCGCCAUGUGAAAAUUACCAGAAGAUUAUAGAAGAUUUUCAACUCGUUUUAUUUAGGCGGAAAUUUCUGCUAGCCAUACAGCAAAAUUUAUUCCAUGAUAGGUCAGCAGGCAAAGAUGCAACGGGCACUACGGAAGAAUGCUUGUAUGGCCAUCCGAACACGUACACGCUGACCAAGAGUUUAGCCGAGGCACUGCUGCUCGAAGAACGGGGGGACACGCCCGUCGCCAUAGUACGGCCUUCCACCAUCACUGCCUCGUUGAGAGAGCCACUUCCGGGCUGGGUAGACAAUUUUAAUGGCUGCACUGGCAUCGUCGUUACGUCAGGUUUGGGCCUGCUACCGUUGCUCUUUACGGACAAGAAGAACCUCGCUGACAUUGUUCCAGUGGACAUUGUGGCAAAUACACUUAUAUGCGUCGCCUGGCACACUGCUAAAACGAGGCCAACGCACGUGAAAGUGUACCACUGCGCGAGCGGUACCCUGCAGCAACACACGUGGGCUGAGCUGGUAGACACGAUGCAACGAGCCAUCUUGCGACACCCACUGCCAAAUGCCAUCAGCUUUCCAAAGAUUGUCGUGACCAACAGCCAGCUGUGGUACGCCGCCAACCUCUACUGCCUGCGUUAUCUGCCUGCACUCGCCGCAGACCUGGCCUUGCAGCUAACUAGAAGAGAUCCAAGAACGACCAAUAUCAUGAGGCUCAUGCAUGACCUCACUCCCAAGGAUAAGCAGGUUUUUAUUUUGCAGAUGUUCAAUGUUGAUAUGCGAAGCCUGGACUGGUAUGCGUACUGGGAUCAAUACUUGCUGGGAAUUCGCAAGUAUAUAUUCAAGGCCGAAGAUUCAGAGCUUCCAAAGGCGCGGAGGCACUUGACAAGGUGA